CGUCACAAACACGAGCGCGUCCUCGGCAACGGGGUAAAGCCCUGUGCGCUGCGUUGUGACGUCACAGAGCCCAUGGCCCCGCCCCCCCCGCUGUCUCCCGGGGCGCGCCCCUCGGGUUCCCAAGGGGCGGGGCGUUGUGAUGUAGGGGGCGCGAGCUCAGACUGGCCCCCGGUGGAGCAGGUGAGGCAGAACCAGGUGGGAUGGAAGAACGCCCCCUGUUUUCAGCCUGUUCCACGGGCCGGCCCGGACGGCUCCAGCGCCACCUGAGCGGCGAGUUCUACCAGCUACGAGACUUCCCCAUCUUUGAGAGCAACUUCGUGCAGGUGACCCGAUUAGGAGAAGUCGCCAACAAGGUCACCAUGGGGGUGGCAGCCUCCAGUCCAGCCUUGGAACUCCCAGACCUGUUGCUGUUGGCGGGCCCUACCAAGGAGAACGGACGCCUGCAGCUGUUCGGGCUGUUCCCCUUGCAGUUCGUCCAGCUCUUCGUCCACGAUGAGAGCCGCUGGCAGCUCAAGGUCAAGUUCCGCACCGGCCGCGCCUUCUACCUGCAGCUGCGCGCGCCGCCCGAGACCCGCGACCGCGAGUUCGGCCAGUGGGUGCGGCUGCUCUACCGCCUGCGCUUCCACUCGGCCCAGGGGGCCGUGCCCUUCACGCAGGAGUACUCGGCGCUGGAGGACUGCGACGACGACGAAGAGGACGAGGAGGAGCUGGAGCUGGAGGAGCCUCCAGCCCUGGACACCAGACUUGACCCCCAGACGUCUGUGCUGUGGGGACUCUGAUUCCUCCAGCGCCUGUGAGGCCACCAAGGGACUGGAAACCAAAGUACCCUACCUCGGGCGGGAGAGAUGAGCUAUUAAAGUUCGUAAAGAGCGGCCACUUCAGAACCAACAGCCAGGUCACCAGCAGUUUCGCCAUCGUCACCAAUUCAACGUGGCUGCCUCGCAGACAUAGCUUUUCCGGUGUGUCUGGCUCAGCAUGGCCUUUGGUUCAUGAUGUCUGGCCCCCAGGGCCACCGCCAAGACCUUGUGCCCUCCUCCAUCAUGGCUCCCUCGCUGGAGCCGCCUUCCCAGCCCGGGCUCUGGUCCCUCUUUGUCCCACUGUCGUUGCCACUGCAGCCGGCCUGCCUCGUGCCCCCCACUCCGAGUAGCUAGUCUAAGAGGGCCCCCUCCACUGUGGCCUUGGGUUCAACUCUGACCUUUGUGGUUGCCAUGGCAACGCGCUAGCCUGGCUCAAGG